CUCUCAUGUUCGCUCUCAUGUUCGCUCUCAUGUUCGCAUCCCCACUGCGCCCGAACCUUCAAGUACCGACAUGCUCUGGUGUACCAUGAAAUUUCGGAGCACUGUGGGGAGGGGGGGAGUGGGAAGCAGCUGCACCGUGUAAGGGGGGUGUGUGGGAAGAAGCUGCAGCAUGCAAGGAUGGAGGACUGUGGGAAGCAUCUGCAGCAGGGAAGGUCGGAGCACUGCGGGGAGGGGGGGUUUGGGAAGAUGAUGCAGCAUGCAAGGACGGAUCAUUGCGAGGAAAGGGGGACUAGUGGCAGGGAAAAUGGUGUUCCGUGCGGGGAAGGGAGGAGUGGUGGCGGGUUAAGCAUUGAGUUGAAAGGGUGGGGAAGGAAGGGGAAGAGAGCGCGUAAGGGAGCGGUGGGGAGGCAUGGAGGAAAGGGGGUUAAGGCUGUGAGGGGGGAAUCGGGAGAGAGGGGCGAGGAGAGGGACGAGGAGGGAAGGAGGGGGGAGGAGAGGGACGAAGAGGAAAGGAGAGGGGAGGAGAGGGACGAAGAGGAAAGGAGAGGGGAGGAGAGGGACGAAGAGGAAAGGAGAGGGGAGGAGAGGGACGAGGAGGAGGGUGAGAAGGGGGAGGAGAGGGAAGGAGAGAGAAGGAAGAGGGAGGAGUGGCGGACAGUGGAGAGACAGGAACAGACAAACCAAUCCUACGCAUCUGAGGAGGAGCUUUCUGAAAAGUCAACGUUGAGGAAUCACAUGACCACUCACUCGCAGCAGAGGUCGGUCGUUCCUGCUGCUUCUCUCCUCUUAAACCUCAAGCACCCAUGCCCCCAUCCCCACUGCUCUCGGACCUUCAAGCGCCAAGAUCACAUGCUAUAUCAUGCAAAGAAGCAGCAUUGCAGAGAGGGCGGGAGUGGGGAGCAUCUGCAGCGUGCAAGGAAGCAGCGCUGGGCGGUGAGAGGGAGUGGGGGAGACGGGGUGAUUGAUGUGUUUGGUGGGGGGAGGGGGAGUGGGUGUGGGGUAAGGAGUGCGUGUUGGGGGAAGCGGGGGAAGAGAGCACAUGGGGGGGCGGUGGGAAGGCGUGGAGGCGAAAAUAAGGCUGAUGCUGUGAGUGGGGAAGAUGGAAGGCGGGGGGAGGAGCGGGAAGAAGAGGGGGAGAGGAGGGAGGAGAGGGAUGAAGAGGGAAGGGGAGACGGCGAGAUGGAUGCAGAGGAAGUACCCCUGUCGCUUCCUGUGAAGGAGGAAAGGUGGGAGGGGGAAGGAAACAAAGAGGCUCCCAGAGAGGAAGGGGGGCAUGGAGGGGAGAAGGAAGCGAGUGAUGUGAGAGAGGAAAAGGGGAAGAGGGGGGAGGAGAAGGAUGAAGAGGGAGGGAAGGGGAACGAAAAGGAGGGAAGGAUUGGGGAGGAGAGGGAGGAGGAGGGAAGGACGGGGGAGGAGAAGGGUGAAGUUGGAAGGAAGGGGGAGGUCAGGGACAAAGGGGCUUACAGGGAGGAAGGGGAGCAUGGAUGUGCGACGGAACUGACUGAUGUGCGUGGCGAAGAGGAAAGGAGAAGGGAGGAGGAUAAGGAUGAAGAGGGAGGAGAGGAGAAGGAUGAGGAGGAGGGGGAUGAAGAGGAGGGAGCACUGCCUCCUGUCCCACCCAUGAGUGAGUGCAGUGUGGGAAGGUUACUGAUGCAAAUGCAAGGGAUGGGGAUCGCGGAUGGAGAAGGGAGAGGGGAGGGAAAAGCUGAUGCUGAGAGGGAAGAUGAGAAGGAAGGAGCUCGUAUCGUUUCUGUGGGAGGAAGAUGGGUGGACAGCGGUGUGGAAAUGACAGUGGUCUGGCUUCAAGGGGAGAUUGGGGAGGAGAGGGAGGAGGAGGGAGGCGAUGCUGUGAGGGAGGAGGAGGGAGGCAAUGCUGUGAGGGAGGAGGAGGAGGGAGGCGAUGCUGUGAGGGAGGAGGAGGGAGGCGAUGCUGUGAGGGAGGAGGAGGGAGGCAAUGCUGUGAGGGAUGAGGAGGAGGGAGGCGAUGCUGUGAGGGAUGAGGAGGAGGGAGGCGAUGCUGUGAGGGAUGAGGAGGAGGGAGGCGAUGCUGUGAGGGAUGAGGAGGAGGGAGGCGAUGCUGUGAGGGAUGAGGAGGAGGGAGCACCCCUUCCCGUCCGUCCCGGAGGGGAGGGCGGCGUGGGAAGUGGGGCGAUGAAUCAGUGUGAGAGAGAGGAGGAUGCGUGUAAGGUAGACUUUCGAGAUGGAAUGGGGAAGGGGGAUCAAGUGGGGGAGGAAGUGAGGGAAGGAGUAAGGGAAGAAUUAGGGGAAGAUGUGGGGUUGGGAGAAAGUGGGGAGUUCGAAGAAGAGGCGCACACAACUUAUGAGGUGCCCCAAACCACGGCGGAGCAACAAGCGGAGGUGCAGCAAGAGGAGGCGCGGCAAGAAGAGGUGCGGCAAGAAGAGGCGCGGCAAGAGGAGGUGCGGCAAGAAGAGGUGCGGCAAGAGGAGGUGCGGCAAGAGGAGGCGCGGGAAGGGGAGGUUCAGCAAGAGGAGGCGCGGCAAGAAGAGGUGCGGCAAGAGGAGGUGCGGCAAGAGGAGGCGCGGCAAGAAGAGGUUCGGCAAGAAGAGGCGCGGCAAGAGGAGGUGCGGCAAGAGGAGGUGCGGCAAGAGGAGGUGUGGCAAGAGGAGGCGCGGGAAGGGGAGGUUCGGCAAGAGGAGGCGCGGCAAGAAGAGGUGCGGCAAGAGGAGGUGCGGCAAGAGGAGGUGUGGCAAGAGGAGGUGCGGCAAGAGGAGGCGCGGGAAGGGGAGGUUCGGCAAGAGGAGGCGCGGCAAGAAGAGGUGCGGCAAGAGGAGGUGCGGCAAGGGGAGGUGCGGCAAGAGGAGGUACGGCAAGAGGGGCAUGCAACUAUUGAGAAGCACACAACCGUGCAGGAGGGGCAAAAGAGGAGCAGGCACGGUGCAGAAAGAGGGGCUUGCUUUGAGUCAACUAAAUGCAAUCAAGAGCGGUGGACGGGAGACGAGCGUGUAGCAGCAGUUGGCGCACCCAGAGAAGAGGGUUUUUCAAGGAGAGAGACAAUGAGAAAGAGAAGGCGUGUUAGGGAAGGGGUUGAAGGGGAAGGGCCUGGUUCCAGAAUAAGCCACCUGAAAACCCACCUGAGAAGUCAUCAGAGGAAGCCGAAGAGGUACCUGACUACGAAGGUGCAUUUUUUUGUGGGGAGGAGAAGGUGCCGAUGCAAGCCGAGGAAACACCUGAAGGCAACAGAGACGGGGCACCUGGAGCAAGAGAAAGAGAUUCUGGAGGAGGAAGAGAUUCACCUGAGGCAGAAGGAAGAGCACCUGAAGCAACAGAACGAGCACCUGAAGCGGCAGGAGGAGCACCUGAAGCGUAAGAGACAGCACCUGGAGCUUCAGUUCGUCUGUCCGCAUGCCAACUGCCAAAAGGCUUUCGCAUUCGAGUACAAGAUGAAGGAUCAUCUUCUCCUUCACAACUCCAAUGCCCCCCACGUGAGCUUCUCUCGCUCCUUCUCUCCUUCCAAAUCCCAUUCCUCCCUCUCCCCCCCCCUCUCCCCCCUUCCUCUCCCCCCUCUGUCCCCUUCCUCUCCCCCCUCUCCCCCCUUCCCCUGCCCCCUUCUCCGUUUCCACAAGUUGACAACCCCAGCAUCUUCCCAAAUGCCCCCCAAUCGUCGAGGCAACAUGGUGCGGCAUGCAAAGAUGCUGCAUUGUGAGGAGUGUGGGAUUGCGUUUUCUCAAAAGGCAAAGUUCAAGAAACACAUGGCCACCCACUCAAAGCAGCACCCAUGCCCUCAUCCCCACUGCUCUCGGACCUUCAAGCGUCGAGACCACAUGUUGCAUCAUGCAAGGAAGCAGCAUUGCGGAGAGGGGGGAAGAGGGGAGAAGCUGCAGCGUGCAAGGAAGCAGCGUUGUCAGGAGGGGGGGAGUGGGGGCAUGGCGCGGCUUGUAGGCACGCAGUUGACUUUUGAGUCGACUCAAAAGUCAACUGGGGACAUGGCGCGGCUUGUAGGUACGCAGCAUGGCACGGAAAGGAGGAGUGGAGGGAGGGUAAUUGGUGUGUCUGGUGGGGUGGUGGGGAGCGGGGGUUGGGUAAAGAGUGCGCAUGAGGGGAAGAAGGGGAAAAGGGCGGAUGGGGGAGAGGUGGGGAGGCAUGGAGGCGAGAAGGAGGGUGAUUUCGUCAGUGGGGGAGAGGGAAGGAGGGAGGAGGAGAAGGGCAAAGAGGCGAGGAGGGAGGAGAGUGAUGGAGAGGGAAGGAAGGGGGAGGAGAGGGAAGAAGACGGGAGGAGGGGGGAGGAGAGGGAAGAAGACGGGAGGAGGGGGGAGGAGAGGGAAGAAGAGGGGAGGAGGGGGGAGGAGAGGGAAGAAGAGGGGAGGAGCGGGGAGGAGAGGAAGGAGGAGGCGAGGAGGGAGGAAGAGGCGAGGAGGGAGGAAGAGAGGGAAGAGGGAACGAGGGGGGAUGAGAGGGGCGAACAGGGAAUGAGGGAGGAGGAGAGGAACGAGGAGGCUUUUAGGCAGGAAGGGGGGCGUGAAGGUGAGGAGAGAACGAGUGCAGUGAGGGGCAAAGAGGGAAGGAGCAGGGAGGAGAGGGACGAAGAGGGAAUGGGAGGGAAGGAGAGAGAUGAAGGAGGAAGGGGAGGGGAGGAGAGGGAUGAAGGAGGAAGGGGAGGGGAGGAGAGAGAUGAAGGAGGAAGGGGAGGGGAGGAGAGGGACGAAGGAGGAAGGGGAGGGAAGGGGAGAGAUGAAGGAGGAAGGGGAGGGGAGGAGAGGGAUGAAGGAGGAAGGGGAGGGGAGGAGAGAGAUGAAGGAGGAAGGGGAGGGGAGGAGAGGGACGAAGGAGGAAGGGGAGGGGAGGGGAGAGAUGAAGGAGGAAGGGGAGGGGAGGAGAGGGAUGAAGGAGGAAGGGGAGGGGAGGAGAGAGAUGAAGGAGGAAGGGGAGGGGAGGAGAGGGUCGAAGGAGGAAGGGGAGGGGAGGGGAGAGAUGAAGGAGGAAGGGGAGGGGAGGAGAGGGAUGAAGGAGGAAGGGGAGGGGAGGAGAGAGAUGAAGGAGGAAGGGGAGGGGAGGAGAGGGACGAAGGAGGAAGGGGAGGGGAGGGGAGAGAUGAAGGAGGAAGGGGAGGGGAGGAGAGGGACGAAGAGGGGGAUCCCUUUUCUUCAAAGGGAGGGGAGGAGGAUCCCUUUUCUUCAAAGGGAGGGGAGGAGGAUCCCCUACCCUUUCUUCAAAGGUGUGGCCAUGUGGAGAGCAGCGUGGGAAGGGCAGUGACACAGCUUCAAGAAGGUUUUGGCACGGCUGGGGGAGGGAGGGGGGAGGAGGGAGCAGAUGCUAUGAGGGAUGAAGAGGAAAGGAGAGGGGAGGAGAGGAAUGAAGAGCAGGAAUUAGUACCCCAUCGGCUCCCUUCUAAAGGGGAGGGAACUGAUUGUGGAGGGCGGUGGGGAGAGGAAGGGGCACCCCAAUUCCAAUUCCUUCCUCCCAGGGGGGAGGUCCGCAUGGGGGAGGCAGUGAUGCUGCCGUUCCAAGGGGAGGGCAGCGCGGCUGGAGGAGGAAGAGCGGAGGGAGAGGCUGGGGCCGAGAGUGGAGAGGAGAGGUGGCAGCCUGGGGGGGGAGCGGGGAGGAGUGCGCGUGGAGGAUGGAAGGGGGAGGGGGGAGCUUCUGGGGGCAUUGGGGGAGGGCAUGAGUGUGAGGUGAAGGAAGAGGAGGAGGAUGGGUGUGACGUGGAUGGUCGAGGUGGUGUGGGAAAGGGGAAGGAAGUGAGGGAAAAUGGGGCUUGGUUUGAGUCGGUUCAAAGCAUUCGAGAGCGGUGGAGGAGCAACGAGCGUGCAGAGCGUGCAGCAACGAGUGAGGCCCGUAGAAGAGGGUUGCUUCGAAGGGAAGCGGUGAGGAGAAAGCGAAGGCCUGUUGGAGGAGUCAUUGAGGGGGAGGGAGCUGGUUACAGGAGAAAGCGAAGGCCUGUUGGAGGAGUCAUUGAGGGGGAGGGAGCUGGUUACAGGAGAAAGCGAAGGCCUGUUGGAGGAGUCAUUGAGGGGGAGGGAGCUGGUUACAGGAGAAAGCGAAGGCCUGUUGGAGGAGUCGUUGAUGGGGAGGGAGCUGGUUACAGGAGAAAGCGAAGGCCUGUUGGAGGAGUCGUUGAUGGGGAGGGAGCUGGUUACAGGAGAAAGCGAAGGCCUGUUGGAGGAGUCAUUGAGGGGGAGGGCGCUGGUUACAGGAGAGGCUACCUGAAAAAUCACCUGAGGCAGCAGAAGAGGUACCUGAGCACGAAGGUGCAUCACUUUGUGGGGAGGAAGUUGCGGCGAUGCAAGCUGAGAAAACACCUGAAGGCAACAGAGAUGAAGCAGCUGAGGCGGGAAGAGAUUCUCCUGGAAGAGGAGGAGAUCCACCUGAGGCAGAGGGAGGAACACCUGAAGCAACAGAAAGAGCACCUGAGACAGCAGGAGGAUCACAUAAGGGAAGAAAGGGAACGGCAAGAUUUGCACCUGAGGCAGCAGGAGGAGCUCCUGAAUGACAAGGAGAACCACCUGAAACGAAAAAGGCAGCACCUGGAGCUUCAGGUUAGGCGCACGCGAAGACAGAGGGAUCGCCUGAAUCGUCACUCUGUACGUUCGCGUGGUUCGGGAAGAGGGAUAGGGGUGAGUGGUGCAGAGAGAGACACGGGGAUUCGGAGGGACCGCCUGCGUCGUCGCACUGUGCGUUUUCGUGGUUCGGGAAGAGAGGUUGGGGUGAGUGGUGCAGAGAGAGACACUCGGACGCAGAGGGAUCACCGAAAUCGUCGCUCUGUACGACCUCGUGGUUCGGGAAGAGGAGUUGGGGUGGGUGGUGGAGAGGGAGGGAGGAUGGUGGAGGGUGGAGGGAGAGGAAGAGGGGUUGCAGCGAAUGAUGGGGAGGGAGUGGGGUUGGCGGAAGAUGGAGGGAGAGGAGUGGUGAACGGAGGGAGAGGAGGGAGAGUGGUGAAAGAUGAGAGAGAAGAGUGGUUGGGGUGA